GUUUAUUUAGAGGGUACUGAGGAGAGGCAUGAGGUAGAGGUACUGCAUCCAAAAGACACAACAAAGGAUCAUGAUGAAAAAACCCGUGUCCUCCAGUGCUUCAGCUCAUCUUCCAAGAAGGUCCCUCUACUCGGCCUUAGUCUUCUGGCGUUGCCUUUCUCGGCAUCUACAACUAUGGUUUGUUUCGCCAGUGGAGGUGCAGGCAUGGCCUCGUUCUGGCAAAACAUUGCAACAGCUCCGCCUGGGUCGACGCGCGUCAAUGAUGCGUUACCGCGGACCGGGUUACGCCGACGACCCACUCUGGUUUCCACUGUGUCAGGAAGGCGUGGGGUCACAGCAUGGGCAGGAGGAUGAUUAAGGCUGAGGUUUUGUCUGCGACUCCAUCUCAGAUUCAGCCCUGGAUCUGUUGUACAUGCGCUACUUCCCGUAAAUGGAGACGCGCGACCAAGCCCUUCAUGUGUACGUAAUUUUUUCGCUAAUAUGACACUGGAGAUCCUACAGCAGGAACUCAGUGUGAUUGGUACACGUAUGGCAGCAGUCAGUGUAUCUUCCACACGAGAUUCAAUGACCGGAGGCCACAUCAAAGUGGAGACGAAGACACUAAGGAAC